AUGAAAGAAAAGAGAAAGAGAGAGGCAAUAGAGGUGGUGGAACGGCUACCACAUGUUCUUGUAGAAGACAUCUUACAUAGACUUGAGAUAAAACCGAUUAUAAGAUUCACUUGUGUUUGUAAGCAAUGGAACUCAACGAUCAAAUCUCGUUACUUUGCAUCGAGACAUCUAGCCAGAGUGAAGUCACCUAAUCCUGAUAUCCUUCUAGGCGGUGAACUUGUCCAUGAAUCAAAACCUUAUCCUUGUUUACGUACUUUGGGAUCACAUUCUGGUUCAUUGACAGAUGUCAACUAUCUCGCUAAACCCAAAACAAGAAGUCUUGUAGUUACUGGAAGCUGUGAUGGUCUUGUUUGCAUCUACGAUUUUAAAAAAGUGUUGUAUGUCUUCAAUCCAGCUACUAGAUGGUGCCGAUUUCUUCCUCGAGCUAAGAUUCAAAAAAUUAACUGCGUUAGAGAAAAUCUAAAUUGUAAAUCCACACGAUACUUUCUAGGGUUUGGCAAAGACACUCUUACGAGCAACUACAAGAUGGUAUGGUUAUAUAACUCUUUUGAGAACCUAGAUGGUCAAACUACAUGCGAGGUUUUUGAUUUUGCAACUAAUGGUUGGAGACAUGUGAUUGGGUCUCGACACCGGAUAUGUGAUCAUGAUUUCAAAUCUCAUCCGGUAUAUUCAGAUGGAUCACUUUAUUGGUUGACUACACAGAUUAAUAAUAAAGAAACAAAGAUGAUAUGUUUCGAUCUUCACGCAGAGUUUUUUCAAAUAAUGAAAAUUCCGAUUGACUAUGCAUGGCCACAAUAUCGCAUUAUCAUGUGCAGUCUGAAUAAUCGUGUUUGCGUAUCAGCAAUGAAAAUCAACGGCGUUCAGGAUAUAUGGUCACUGAAAUCAGACGACAUGGCAUGGGAGAAGACUUACAGUCUAGAUUUAAGCAAUACUGCUUUUGGAGAAUACUCUGGUGUUCCACUAUCACUGGUCGCAAUUUUCGACAAAACACGAAUGCUAAUUCUUUGGCAAUCGCUUGACAAAGAAGUUCUAUUAUUGGUAGAAGAUACUGAAGUAGAUUUUAUUUUUCCUAUAGUCUGCAUACCUAAGUAUCUGGAUCAAGCCAUUUCUUUUAUUCCAAGCUUGAUGACUAUUUAG